GCAGCGACGCUCUAGUCUCUUUUCUCUGUGGCACCCGGGCAGCUUCUUUGGCCUCUGCAGCAUUGCGGGUUCUCCGGCACGGGAGAAAACGCCAACUUGGCACGCAUCCUCCGGGACCGAGGCAUGGCACGGCUCCCGAAGCUCGCAGUCUUUGAUCUGGAUUACACGCUGUGGCCUUUCUGGGUCGACACGCACGUAGACCCCCCAUUUCACAGGAGCAGUGAUGGAACUGUCCGGGAUAGUCGGGGCCAGAACAUUCGGUUGUACCCGGAGGUGCCUAAGGUCCUAGAACGGUUACAGGACCUUGGGGUGCCCGUCGCGGCGGCUUCCCGGACAGGUGAGAUAGAAGGGGCGAACCAACUACUGGAGCUCUUUGACCUUGUUAGAUAUUUUGCUCAUCGGGAAAUUUAUCCGGGCAGCAAAGUCACACACUUUGAGAGGUUGCAGCAGAAGACUGGGGUUUCUUUCGCCCAGAUGAUAUUCUUCGAUGAUGAGAAGCGAAAUAUUGUAGAUGUUGGUAAACUGGGUGUUCUCUGCAUUCAUAUUCAGAAUGGAAUGAGUCUUCAAACCCUAGCCCAAGGGUUAGAAACAUUCACUAACUCUCAAGCUGGGCACUGAAGUCCAGCCCUGUGGAUGAGCCUCAUUUGAAGCCUAAAAUGGAAAGGAAACGGAGAAGGCAUUUUUUUCAGGGAAGAAGGAAAAGGGACCAACCCCUGAAGAAGCAAUACAGAAACUGAAGGAGACUGAGAAGAUACUGAUCAAAAAACAGGA